GUUGUCGCUCGCCGCACCCAAAUUCACACAAAAUGCUGUCUGCCGCUAGACUGAUCGCCCCUGUAGCCAGGUCUGCCAUUUUCAGCAACACUGCACUGGUCAGGCCACUGGCAGCAGUACCCUCGCAGACACAGAUUGUGGCUGCUGCCCCCUCCCAGCAGCUAUCAGCAGUGCGCUCAUUCCAGACCACCUCAGUGACCAAAGACAUUGACUCAGCUGCCAAAUUCAUUGGUGCUGGUGCAGCGACAGUCGGUGUAGCGGGUUCCGGAGCGGGUAUUGGAACAGUGUUCGGUUCAUUGAUUAUCGGCUAUGCCAGGAACCCCUCCCUGAAACAGCAGCUGUUCUCAUACGCCAUCUUGGGUUUCGCCCUGUCUGAGGCUAUGGGUCUCUUCUGUCUUAUGAUGGCCUUCCUGCUGCUGUUCGCCUUCUAAGCUCUUUACUGUUAAGAACACUACUGCCAUCCAUCAUAAUGAGGUUUCAGUGUAUACUAUCUGGUGUGGACGGCCAUUGGAAUCAAAUGUGUGGAAACCUCAGCCUCAGUGAUGCAAUGACUGAUGUGUACAGUGUUACACUUAUAACCAGUGCGUCAUCUUGAUUGCAAUUUAUUUAAUUAUGUAGUUUAAAAGGAAAUCUGCAAAUAAAAUGUUGUACGUAAACAUUAUCUGGAGCUACAAUUAUUUCUACUCCUGUAUAUUAGACUGUUUAAAUCAUGUAAAGUCGGUGACGAUAUUAUAAAGCCAGUGAAUGCAUAAUUGCGUGUGUAUUGCCAUCGACUUUGGUGUAAACGUUAUCCUGUUUGAGAAUGUCGGUCAUCAUCUGUAAUGUACAUUUUUAGGGCCAAUAAAUGAUACAAAUUAAAAUCC